AUGACGGACGCUUCGGAGAACUUUGACGUGAUCCUGACCAAGUACAAGACGGCCGGCGACAUUGCCGCACAGUCAAUCCGCACUGUCGUUGAGGCUGUGCAGCCCGGAAAGACUGUGCUCGAGCUCAUGACCCUCGGUGACGAGGCCGUGGAGCAAGGCACUGCCGCGGUGUUUAAGGACAAGAAGAUGAGCAAGGGUCUUGCGUUCCCCACUACCAUCUCGAUCAACCAGGUGGUGUGCAACUACGCGCCGCUCCCGAGUGAUGACGCUUCGAAGACGGCGCUCAAGGAGGGCGAUGCCGUCAAGAUCCAGCUGGGUGCGCACAUCGACGGCUACCCGUCGGUGCUCGCCGAGACGGUGGUCAUCGGUGCGAGCGCUGAGGCGCCUGUGACUGGCCGCACGGCCGACGUUAUCAAGGCCGCCCACACGGCCGCGGACGUGGCGAUUCGUCUCAUGCGCCCGGGCAUGCUGAACCACGACAUUGCCAAGCAAAUCGAGCUCUCGCUGAAGGACUUUGACGUGCGCGGCGUCGACGGUAUUCAGACGAACCAGUUCGGCAAGGACGAAAUCAGCGGGAAGAAGAAGGUCGCCUUUGGCGGUGAUGGUUCGUCGCGCCCGGACGCCUGCAAGCUCGAGGAGAACGAGGUGUACGGUGUGGACAUUGUCGUCACCACCUCGCCUGAGGGCAAGAGCAAGUCGGACGACGCCUUCACGUCGAUCUUCCGCAAGACGAAUGCCACGUACCUGCUCAAGAUGGCCACCUCACGCAAGGUGUUCUCCGAGAUCCAGAAGAAGGCGGGCGCCUUCCCCUUCAACCUCCGUGCGCUCGAAGAUGAGAAGCGCGCGCGCAUGGGUGUGCAGGAGUGCUCGAACCACGGUCUUGUGACACCGUUCCAGGUGCUCGUCGACACGACCGCCUCUGCGGUCACCGCGCAGGUCUUCUUCACGGUGGCAGUGAGUGCCAAGGGCGCGAUCCGCCUGACCCCUGCGCCGACGUGGUACUCGGCGGACAAGGUGAAGAGCGAGAAAGAGGUCACGAACGAAGAGAUCAAGGCCCUGCUGGCCACGAGCGUUCGUCAGACCAAGAAAAAGGCCAAGAAGACUUCGUCAGAGGCCCCGGCCGCAUAG